GCCCCCCAUGGACCUGACCCCACUUCCUCUUCCAGGAGCAGCCCCCUCCCCAACCUUCAGCACCUUCCACCCUCAGGGUUCCAGCCGGGGAGCUGGGGCGGUGACCCAACCCGACUACAGGCUGCCGGGACACACGGCGUCUUCCCCGGGACCCCCCAGGGCCCCGGCCGAGGGGGACGACCUUUCCGAGGGUCCGGGACUGCGGGCCGAGACCCUCGCCUGGUUCGAGAGGACCCAAGCGUCAGAGCUCCUGCCUCACGGGGUGGCUCCCGCCUGGUUCCACGGCUUCGUGUCCCGCAGGGAAGCAGAGCAGCGGCUGCAGGAGGGCCCCCAGGGCGUCUUCUUGGUGCGAUUCAGCGAGAGCGGUGUCGGCUUCGUGCUCUCCUACAGGGGUCAGGGCCGCUGCCGCCACUUCCUGUUGGCCCAGGGCCGGGAUGGGCAGCACGUGGUGCUGGGGGAGGACCGGGCCUUCCCUGGACUGCAGGCCCUGCUGGACCACUACGGCCGGGAGCCUCUCAGCCCCUACGGGGAGCGGCUUGGACCACCCUGCCACCGACAGGGGUCCCGCCCAGCCGGCCUCUUCCCCCGACCCCCGGAGACUUCAGGACUCCGGGCUCAAGGCCCGCCCGAAGUGUCGGCGCUUGGAGCCCCUCAAUACGCCUCGGUCUGCAAGAAGGGCCGGCACCCCUCCCAGGACCCUCCCCUCCCAUCGCUUCCCGUGCUGGGCGCUGGGCAGGACGGUCCGAGAGAGCAGAAGAUCCACGCGGCCCCACUGGACGAGCUGUACAGCCCAGUACAGAGACGGGGGCUGGGGCCGGGCCCCACGACCCCCUCCUCCUCCUCCUCCCUCCCCAUCUAUCAUGAGCCCGAUGACCCCAUCGCCUUCUACGCCAUGGGAUGGGAAGGGGGCGGGAUGAGUGAGUGGCCCCCCCAGCCCGAGAACGUCUACUCCGAGGUAAAGCUGCGGUCCGAAGGGAUACGGCAGGAGACCGACAGACCUCUCCCCGCCCAGAGCCAUGCCCGCCUCCGGCCCAGCCCUUCACUGCCACUGCCCAGGGCCCAGGAGCUGGAUGUCGAGUACAGCAAACCCACACCUCCGAGCCGCCGUGUCCCCCAGGACCCCCAAAGUCAGACCCUGCCCCAGAAUCGACCCCGCUGGAGGUCUGGGGGGGAUCCUGCUCCAGGCCAAGGACCACCCAGGCCCCCGCUGCACUGAGCUCCGUCCCGUACCCUCCAAGGUCGGGGCGAGGGGAAACGGAGGGACACAGACGACUGAGGUUAGACCUCAGAAAGGAACACGCUGUGGUCAUAGACAGCCCGGGGCCACAGACAUGCAUGUGACUGAUCUCAGCUGGAGGCCGGGGCCCACCUUGCCCCUCAGCCCAGACCUCCAUCACCCCCGUGAAAACCUGGACCCAGCAAGAGGGGGGAGCAGGCGGAACACUGGAAGAGACUGGGAGACCCCGGGUCCCCCCAGAGAUAAAUGGAAUUCUCCAGUU